AUGGAGAGGCAUAGGAAGCGCGAGCUUCGUGAAUUAAACAUACGCGCAUGGGAUGGCGACCAAGACAUCUUCGCCGUGCAGGCCUCCCUCGACUCGUCCAUGAAAAAGAAUACGGCCUUCAUCAAACGCCUGCGAACCGCCGUAAACGCAGCCGCUCAAGCGCAGUUCCUCCAAGAAAUCCGCGCCCUGUCCCUCCAUAAAUAUCUGUCCGAAAUUAUCUCCGCCUGUUACGAAGGCCUGUGCAAGCUCAAGACUCCUGGAGAGAUUGCUGCCGGUGUAGAAAUUGUCAGCGCUCUCCAUCAACGCUUCGGCCCGACAGAGUUCACAGGAUACAUUGGUUGGUAUAUUGGGAGGGGCCUAGCCACACCGGACAAGUCGCACCUGAAGACAUUGGCACCCGAAGUGCGCGAGCGUGAGGAAAAGGAGCGCCUGGCCCGCCAGCGCAUCCUCUUACGAGUCGCCACCGAACUCUGGCUCGUGGGUGUUCUGCGCAGCCUGGAUGACGUAGCCCGACCUGAGGAAGCGAGCAAGGCCAAAGACAAUGGCAAACUCGUUGAAGGCUCUACGAAGACAAAGUCGCGUGCUGAUAAUGCCGACGCUGAGCCUUUUCCGCUCGAGGUUCUAAAGGACAUGCUGGGACACGAUCGCGAACAUGUCAAUCUACCCCUCGUCGUCAUCUUCGUCAAGGCUUUUGCUUGGGAUAUACUGGGUGCCAAGCCAUCUUCUGCAGAGGGUCGCAAGACUGUGAACGAGGACGGGACUACAACUGCAGACAAAAACGGGGAGGCUUCUGGCGCUGAAGACGAGGAGCAAGAUCCGCCCAUAAUCUCCUCAGACUUGCAACAGCGUUUCAGGAACAUCCUUACCCGUUACUUCGAAGAUGUCAAGACGCACCUCCUCCGCGACCAGAAACACAUACUCAGCCAGGGCCGGAAGAACGCCGAAGCGUACGUCAAGUCUGGCGAGGUCUUCGAGGAUCGCCAGUCCAACUACGAGAAGCAGAUGAAGUCCCAAGAGCGAUUGGUGACAAAUGCGCAGAUUCUCGCCGACGCUUUGGGUGUUGAGAUGCCAGAUCUCAAAGAGAAAGACAGUUCCGCAAACACGGGUGAUGGUGCUAUUGGCCUGGUCAAGGCGGGCGAAUAUCUGCGUGGCCAAAGCGAUGGCGCCGGCAUCUGGGAAGACGAGGAAGAGCGCCGUUUCUACGAAAAUCUGAUUGACCUGAAGGACCGCGUUCCUGGUAUCCUACUUGAAGAAGUCAAGAAGAAGAAGACAGAUGGUGAUGAACAGGUUGGCAAGAAAAUUGAGGCGAAGCCUGAGGCAAUCGAGAAGGAGGCACCGGACGCUAUAAAUGACACAAAACCGGCCGAUGGCGAGGACCAAUCUACUGCUAUCGCGAACAAAUCCGUUGGAGCCCAGGUCGAUGCCCUAUUGGCACGCCUUCCAGAACUUGCAACAAAGGAUGCUGUCGACCAGACUGCCAUGGACUUUUGCUUUCUGAACUCAAAAGCUUCCCGCAACCGCCUCAUCAAGGCCGUACAAGAGAUUCCAAAGGGCCGAUCCGAUCUACUCCCUCUAUACUCUAGACUCAUUGCAACCCUCGGAAAAUACAUGGCAGACGUUUCUCAGGGGCUGGUAUCCUACCUCGACGACGAGUUCAGAAGCCUGCAGCGGCGAAAGUCGAAAGAUUUCCUGGGACAGGUGCGAACACAGAACGUACGCUACCUUGCAGAGUUGACCAAGUUCGGUGUCGUUCCUGAGCAUGUCAUCUUCCACUGUUUAAAAGUCAGCCUUGACGACUUCUCACGAAUGAACAUCGAAAUCAUAUGCAAUCUAUUAGAGAAUUGCGGACGUUAUCUGCUUCGGAACCCCGAAACUUCUCCCCGUAUGCAUUCUUUUCUAGAAACCCUCCAACGCAAGAAGGGUGCUCAGGUUAUUGGUCAACAAGAGCGCAUGUUGAUCGAGAACGCUGUGUAUUACGUAAAUCCGCCAGAGCGUGCGGCAAUCGAACAGAAAGAACGGACACCAGUCGAGCUCUUCCUGCGCAAGAUCAUGUACCAAGACCUGACUCGUCGUACGCUUGACAAAACCAUUAAGCAGGUACGCAAGAUGCACUGGGAGGAAGAGGAGGUAGUCAAUCUCCUCCAUAAGGUUUUUGCAAAGCCGGGGAAGAUCAAGUACAGCAAUAUCCACUUGCUAGCCGUUAUGCUGGGGACAAUCCAUCGGUUUCACCAAGACUUCGCCAUCUCAGUCAUCGAUGAUCUUCUCGAAUCUAUCACAUUCGGAUUAGAAUUGAACGACUUCAAGUUCAACCAACGCCGAAUUUCAGAAGUCAAGUACCUUGGUGAAUUGUACAUCUACCGGUUAGUCGACUCGCCUCUCAUUUUCGACACUCUGUACAAGCUUUUGAAUUACGGAUGGGAAGGUGGGUAUGCGCGGCCCGGGGGAUACAACCCUCUGGACCUUUCCGACGACUAUUUCCGUAUUCGCCUUGUCUGUAAUCUCUUGGAGACCUGUGGCAUGUAUUACGACAAAGGCGCGGCGAAGAAGAAGCUUGACUUCUUUCUCACGUACCUGCAGUAUUACGUGUGCAUCAAGGAGGCGUUGCCGAUGGACGUUGAGUUCAUCGUGCAAGAUGCUUUCAACCUAGUGAGACCGCAGUGGAAGAUAGUCACCAACCUGGAAGAAGCUUCACGUGUCUUUGCAGAAGCCGUCAAACAGAACUACCAAACAGCGUCAGCCGACAAGCCUGUAGAGCCUGACGAGGACGACAUGUCCGCAUCGGACGAUGACCUGGAUGGUGCCGAAGACGAGGACGUUGUAUUGCCUGACGGCGAAGGAGAUAAGUCAUCUGGCGAUGAAGAUGAGGACUCCGACGAUGACGAGCCUAUGAAACAAACAUCUUCGGACGAAGAAGAAGAGCAGAUUGUGGUCACACGGCAGGAAGACGAACGCGACCCAGAAGCUGAUGCUGAGUUCGAUCGUGAGCUUGCUAAGCUGAUGUCAGAAAGUGCAGAGUCCCGCAAGCAUGACCGCAAGCCUGUCUUCGAUGUGCCACUUCCAAUGCGUCGCGCUCGCGAGGCUCCGGUGAGCGCUGACGACGUUGGUAGCGAGGUACCCGUUCCAGUCGCACCAGCUCCCUCGCAGACGAUGAAAUUCUCGUUGCUCAGCAAGCGCGGCAACAGGACGCAGACCCGAUCUAUUGACCUGCCCUCUGACUCAACCUUUGCUGUCGCUAUGCGUAACAAGCAGCAAGCAGAUACAGAAGAACGACAGCGAAUCAAGAGCCUCGUCUUAAACUACAACGAAGCUCGCGAUGAUGCUGAUGACACGACUGGUGAUUCACCAUUUCAUUACACCCUCUCGCCUAAUACCAAUAGAAUACGUACUGAAACUUUUCAAGGUCUGGACAAGACUCCGAACCCAUACGCGCAGCCGCGCCUUGAUAAAGCUGGUGCAAACCGCAGCAAUCAGCGUGCACGGAAGCUACAGCUGUCAGAUGUCAACUGGUAUGACUCCCAACCCUCUCCCCGGCAGAGUCGCCCUGAGCCUGGUGCAACGUCUGCUUCGAUGCAUACGCCGCUUUCGGUGUUCACAUCGAAGCGUUGAGACGAUGUGCGAGUCCAGGCUUCUCACAAGCUCUACAACGCUUGCAGUCGACAUUGAUCAUCCGCGACCAUUUCGGAAGCGCUCUUCAUCUUCACGAGGCUAACUACGAGGCCCUCCGUGGGCGACUGAUUUUCUAGGACAUGAUUAUCAUCUAUGAUGCUGCAGCUAGCAUCCAAUACGAACGACAC